AUGGCUGCGAAUGCUGGCACAGUUACUGAAUCAGGUAUCACGCACGCCACUCAGCCAUCCCUCGCACAGAUCCAUGCUCGUGCACGGAUGGGUGCAACUGCGGUUCAGAGUCCGGCACAGCGCUCAGAGUCCACUGCGAAGAUGUCGGCCGCUGAGGCGGUGAUGGUCGGCUCGCUGCUUGGUUUGGCAGCAAGCUCCAAGAGAUCCAAGCGUAGCGCCAAGCGUACGGCCCUGCAUGUCGCUACGGCCGACGUCCAGACUCUGAACGCCCCGGAUGGCGAGGAUGAGAUGAUGGCAGGCGUGUCCGCCGUUGCCAUGGGUGGUUACACGCAGUCGAACGUGGCUGCGCGCCGCGUCGUUCCUACCGAGGCACAGAGGCAGGGCCGCAAGUACGUGAAAGUGGUUUACGUGGUCCUGGAGUCCCAGUAUCAGUCAGCGAUGACGACGGCCAUCCGUCAGAUCAACAAAUCUCCAGGGCCUGUCUGUAUGGAGUGCGUGGGCUACUUGCUGGAGGAGAUUCGAAGUCCCUCCACGGAAGAGGAGCUGGCGAAGGACUUAGACGACGCCGACAUUUUCAUCUGUUCCUUGAUAUUUGUGCAAGAGCUGGCCGAGAAGCUCGUCAAGAUCGUAGAACCUCGACGAGACAACCUCCAGGCCUGCCUCUGCUUCCCGUCAAUGCCAGAGGUCAUGAAGCAGAACAAGCUCGGAACCUUUGACCUGACGCAGAUCGCCGGGGGACCGCUCGGCAACUUCGCACAGCAGGACAGCCUUUUGAAGCUGGUCCGAACCUUGCCCAAGGUCUUGAAGUUCUUGCCAGGGGAUCAGGCAAAGGAUGCCAGGACCUUCGUCCUGUCCCUCCAGCACUGGCUUGGCGGAACGCCGGAGAACUUGGAGGCGAUGCUCUUGCGCGUGGCCGGCGGCUACGUGCCCGGCGUUGAGGGUCUGGACACCGAAGCGCUCAUGGAGCCCGUGGUGCUCCCUGACAUGGGCAUUUGGCACCCGCUUGCCCCUCAGAUCUUUGACACCAUGAGCGAGUACCAGGACUGGUAUGACAACGUGCACUGCCCUGCUGCUGGUAUUCUUCCGAAUGCCCCAACCAUCGGACUUGUGCUGCAGAAGUCACACAUCGCUACCAAGGAUGAUGGCCACUACGUGGGCGUGGUCCAGGAGCUCGAGCGCCGCGGAGCUCGCGUGGCGUGCACCUACACCGGCGGCCUGGAUUUCUCCGUGCCUGUGCAGGCGUACUUGUCCGGCCCAAGCGGCGAGGGAAUCGUGGACGCUCUUGUCAACCUAACCGGCUUCUCCCUGGUCGGUGGACCAGCCUCCCAGGAUGCCAAGAAGGCCAAGGAGGUCCUGAUGAAGCUGAACCGACCAUACUUGGUCAGCGUGCCCCUGGUAUUUCAGUCCUUCACGGAGUGGCAAAACAGCCAGCUGGGUCUUCACCCAGUUCAGGUUGCCCUCCAGGUCUCGCUGCCUGAGAUCGAUGGCGCCAUUGAGCCCCUGAUCUUCUCCGGACGCGAUGGCACCAGUGGUCGCUCCAUCCCAAUGCAGGACCGCAUCGGCGCUGUGGCCACGCGAGCGAUGAAUUGGGCAAACUUGCGCAAGAAGCCCAACUCGGAGAAGAAGCUGAGCAUUUGUGUCUUCCAGUUCCCUCCGGACAAGGGCAAUGUCGGAACCGCUGCCUACCUGGAUGUCUUCGGCAGCAUCCACGCAGUGAUGGGAGAGCUGAAGAAGCAGGGCUACACCAUUGAGGACAUGCCCGAGAACGCUGAAGGCCUUCAGAAGUCCAUCCUUGAGGACCCUGAAGCCGCGAUGUCCAUGUCAGACCUCAACGUGGCCUACCGCAUGAGCGUUGACGAGUAUGAGGAGCUUUGCCCUUUCGCCACAGAUUUGCGCGAGAACUGGGGCGCACCUCCUGGCGAGUUGAACACCGACGGCAGGGACAUGCUGAUCUACGGCAAGCACUUUGGAAACAUCUUCCUUGGUGUUCAGCCAACCUUCGGCUAUGAGGGCGAUCCCAUGAGGCUUCUCUUCGCCAAGUCGGCAUCUCCCCAUCACGGCUUUGCGGCUUUCUACACCUACCUGGAGUUCAUCUUCAAGGCCGAUGCGCUGCUCCACUUCGGAACGCACGGCUCUCUGGAGUUCAUGCCUGGCAAGCAGGUCGGCAUGUCCGGCAGCUGCUACCCUGACCGACUCAUCUCGGUGCUGCCCAACUUGUACUACUACGCAGCAAACAACCCCUCAGAGGCCACGAUCGCCAAGCGACGGUCGUACGCGUCUACCAUCUCCUACCUGACCCCUCCGGCGGAGAAUGCUGGGCUGUACAAGGGGCUGAAGGAGCUUAGUGAGCUUGUGAAGUCCUACCAGGGCCUCCGCGAGAACGAGCAGCGAGGUGCCUCGAUCGUCAACUCCAUUGUCGCAACCGCCAGACAGUGCAACUUGGACAAGGACAUCGAAGGGCUCCCCUCCGAAGAGGAUGACAUGGGGGCUGUGUCUCUGGACGCGCGAGACGCAGUGGUUGGAAAGGUCUACCGUCUCCUCAUGGAGAUCGAGUCCCGCGCGCUGCCGAUGGGCCUGCAUCAGGUCGGUGUUCCCCCAACUGCAGAGGAGAGCGUUGCCACGUUGGUCAACAUCGCCCAGUUGGAUCGUCCUGAGAUGGGCAUCAAAAGCCUGCCACGGCUCUUGGCCGAGCGCAGAGGCAAAGACAUCGAGGAA